GAGAAAUAAUAAUAAUAAAAAAAAGUUUUCAAGAUAAUAACAAAUUUAUACAAACUUUGAGGAGGAUUUACAAAAGGAUUAUCAGUUUUCAAUGAAAAUAAUGAUUAUUUAAUAUUUUUCGAUAGAGAUUAUAAAAGUUCCAACCCUUCUACAGACCAAUAAAAAACUUCAACUUGCAUCAUAUCGAUUUACAGACGCCAGACAAAAAUAUCAAUUUAAGACACUCAACAACCGACUUGAGAACGAAUAAAAAUAUUCCGAUCGAUAAUUGUUCAAAUGGACAAACGAGGAAGGAUGCUAAAGCCACGAGAGUAAUUAAUUCCACAUAAAAGUCGAACAAAAGAGAAAAAAGCAAUUAUUGAAAACUUUUUCCUCUCAUCAAAAACCCAUCGAAAAAUGAUCCAACCAUAUCAAAUGAACAAUAAUAAAAAUAUUCGAUUCGAGCAAUUGUGUCAGCAUAUCAAGUUAAUCUACUGUCCAGAAACCUAAUUAUUUGCUCAAAUAUUUAACAGUGAGUUAUUAAAGUCUCAUUUUCGUGAUAUUUACCAAAAAAAAAAAAAACAAAAAAUAAGAAAAAACAUUAAUUUAUGAAAAAAUGUCAGUGAGUGGAUCUCUCAUGGGUUACGGGGGCGAUAACAAUUGCAGCAUGGAUAGCAGUUGCAACGGGGGCGGCAAGAAAAGUAAAGCCUUGCUCAAUGUCACAACAUCAUCCAAACAGUGUUCUAGUCUAAACUCGAGUAUGUCAAAUAGUGUAGUUACCUCCGCAAGUUCGAAUGCGGCGAAACAACAACAACGACGAACAAAUUGCCGUCAACCGCAACAGAUGCUCGCGAAACACAGACUUCACUUGAACACGCUUUGGUCCAUUUGGUACGGCAUUCUUGUCACGCUGUUUCAGGGCUAUUUGGUUGUUCAAGGCGCACACAGGUUUUUAAGUUGUACAUUAAUUACAUGGAAAAUGGAUGAACCAUCGUUGGAACUCGACAUUCAAUUAAUUUUAUGCGGCGUUGUAGUUCUGUGUUUGCCACUGUUUCUCGCAUCGUCUUUAUUCAAGGUUGGCAAUUUCGCAAAUGACGGUUUCAAACUCGGAAACAGCGAAAAAAGUUGUUCAGCUCAACCGGAUGAUGGAUUGGAAGAGGAAGCAACUGGAGGAACAUUGAGGACCCUUUGGACUCACGGAGGACCUACAUCAUCAUUCAUACAUAUCAUGACGGCAUUGUGUCUUCUUGUGCCACGACUCUUGCUCGAAUCACGUUUAAUUCAGGAUGGAUUUUUGCCGAGAGAAAACAUUUGGCGCACAGAGCUCGAUUUCAUGGUAACGCACAAAGAUCGUCUCGUCGUUUUAUCAUUCAUGACUCAACCAUAUCAAAAUUUAUCCACCGAGCAUCCCAACCAAUCAAUUUCUGACCUUAUCGAUACCCGCUUUUUAAACCCAAAUGUCUUUGACGAGUCUCGUGUCAUCGAAAAGUACCGCGAAGAGUACGAAGAAGACGACAUGGAUGACGAUUUGUACGAUUUAUCGAACCCUGGCUUGGAUAACGAAAGUGCGAUAACCUUUUCGACGGGAAGUUCAAACAACUUUUCCGAAGAUUACGCCACAGAUCCGACCAAAGGUUAUCAAAACCCGAUAAAAAUCGAAAGCACGCUCGAAACUACGGUCGAAAUCACGACUUUUACGCCUUCAGUUACAAGUCAGAGCUCGUCGAAGCGUGGAAGACACGGCAAAAAGGGUUCAAAACAGAAAAAUCGGAAUCGUGGCAAAGGAAUUUCGUCUUCGGAGGAAGAUCGUCGUUACGAAAUCAAAUCCGAUGAAAUUGAAUUUGAUAAAUUUGACGAUGCAUCGCCCAUUUUUGAGGGCGUUCAGCCUCAACAAAGACCUAAGAAACCAAAUUCACGAAGAACAACGACGGAAAAUCCAACAUUUGAUCCUCCGAGAUCAACACGAGGCCCAAAACGCGUUAAAGACAGCAACAUUCACAUCCUCAAGCCUGAAAGAGUUCCCGAAAAUGCUUUGCCAUCGACGCCUGUUUCGACAAAUUCGAAGAUUUACGAGAUAAAACCGAGUCCUGCAGGUAAAAAUUUGUCCCGAAAGUCGAGAGAACAUUCCGCAGCAGAUCUUGAGUUCGAGAUUCAGAGUGUUGAUGAGGAUGAUUUUAUCAUUCGAGAUGAGGAAACGGGAGAAAUUGUUCGUCCUUCUUAUUUGCAAGCUGUUCCGGAGAAUAUUUCGUUGGAGUAUAAAGAAUUGCACGGAGUUGCUGGAUUUAUUCAACGCAUUUUGGGAAAUCAGGAAGUUUUUGAUCAAACCAAAUGGCAUCACAUUCCAAGCCUCGAAUUCCUGAAUCUCGCAUUGGCUUUACUCGUUUGGUCUGUUCGCUAUCCGAGCGUUUUUUGGAAUACAUCAAAGACAUUUUCCAUCAUCUUCAGCAUUCAAAUGGUCGCUAAUGCUUUGGAUAUUCUUUUGUGUUACGCCGGAGUUUCAGUUUUGUACAAACAUGACAUCGUUGCUGAUCGUCUCCCGAUGAAUGCUCCUCCAUUAUUGCUCAACGGAUGCGUCACAAUUGCACUUUUCUUGUUGGCAGUCCUCCUGAUAAUUUCUUCUUCGAUGAUUUUGUAUCUUUAUGGGCACGGAAGACUUACAGUUGUGAUGCGAGAUCGUCGAAUGAUUACCAUUAAAGGCGAUGUUUGGUCAUAUUUUGCGCAUUGUGCGUCAUUUUGCUUCGUUCUUGCGGUUGCUGUGGUAAAAGCUCCCAUUAUGCAUGAUCUCAGUGCGACUUAUAAAGGAAGUUUGGAUGGCGCUGUAUUAGCUGCAGCUCUCGGAAGCGUAAUUCACAUCUUCGUAUGGAUCGUUUUGUGGCUUGGGCUCACAGCAAAACGUCGAUGGGUCUUCAAAUUGCCCCCGAUGGAGUCUCCAAGUGUCAUGCAACCUUUGCUUACUUCUCCGCGAGGCGAUGGAGGCACAACGAGCGAUGGAAGCGGCGACGAAGUCAUUUAUUGGCCCAAAAUUGGACCAAGUUCGCCAAAAUUGAAAGUUACUUUUAACGAAGUGCCGAGUACGUCAGAUGAAGUUAACGAACACGGCGGCAAGCGCUGUACGUCAAAUGGAGGGCAAUUACGUGUAUCCACUACUGCGGGAGAGCCCGAUGAUGGAGAUUAUGCCACGUUAAGAGGUCCCAACGGUGAUUUGUUGCAUUUGAGUCAUCAUAUUACGGAAGAGUACAUGUGCAAUGAUCAUGCUGAUGACACGUCAGAAGAAGGAAAGUUGUUGGAAUGCGUUCGCGAUGACAGUGUUACUUAUGCGUCGACGAGAGAUCUUGAGCCGCCGAUGUCGAGUGCGACAAUGUCACCCGCUAAUAGUUAUAUUACGUCGCCGGAACACAUGAUGAGUCCAUUGGCGCCUGUUUCGGUGACCGUUCAUUCGAAUGAGGUUCAUUUAUCAUCCGCAACUCCCCGUUUGAUUCGUCGUGCAGAUUCUGGAAUGCCAGCUGAAGCUCUAACUCCUCGUUCUGACACAGAAACCGAAAGCUCGACAUCUCCUCCCGAACGUGCAAGUUCCGAAAGCUCGGGCGUUCAUUCAUCCGAAGAGACGAAAGACGAAGUUGUGAUCCGUCCUCGUUCGACGCCCUACAAAUCGAUCAUCAAACCCGCACAGCCCGCAAUUCAAGAAGAACCUUUUGGUCGUUCAACCAACAUGCGAAUGUCGAGUUUCAUCGCCGACACGGGCGGUUCAAGUGCAACGUUGCCCAUCGUGCGUAACAACAACAACGAACAACUGAAACAGGAACUCCCGUAUUGCUCAACGAUGCCUUUGCCGCCGUCGCAUCAUCAUCCGCAAUACAAACCGCAACUUUACACGCCGCAAAAUGGCUCAAAAGCGCAAAUUCCGCAACACACAACGCUCCCGAAUGGCAUCAUGAACCAACAAUCGCCCUACCAAUCGAGUGCGUUUCUCCGGAGAAUGCCUCAAAAUCAAUCGCAAUACGCGAGCCCGAAGCAACACGAGUCGCCAUAUGCGCACGGAGGACAUCGCACCUUCUCAAAAUUGAUAAAUGAUCCGCUGAAUAACAUGCCGCCGCCUCCGCCGCCUUUGAGUAGCUUCGCAUCGGGAAAUUCGUCGACAGUGACUUUGAUGGAAGACCGCGAUUCGGCAAAUUAUUCGAUGAUUUCCGAUCAGGACAGGGAAAUGUACAUGAAUGCGACGCAAUUGCAACAACUUCAACAUCAGCAACAGCUUCAUCAUCAAAUGCAGAUGCAACAUUAAUCACC